AAAUUAGCAGUCACCGGUUCAGGAAAGUCUUCCUGUUUGUCAGCCACUGUGACGUUAUGACGGGGCUGGGAAGAAGUUUACGACUUCACUGAAUAGCACACACGAUAUAUGUCAUGUGAUGUUUUUGGUUCCCACCGUCGACUGCACUUGUCUGGUAUAGUGUAUUAGGAAUUACGGCGCGAAUAGAAUUCACGUGUUUGACCUUCAAGCCAAAACUAUCUCCUACCCACGAAGGAAGUAACCCAGCUAACAUGACGUCAUCGAUGGCGGUAGAUGAUGUCACACACGAGACGACGACUGCCAUGGCGAUGGACCUGAACGAAAAGAAGUCCCGACUGCUCGUGCCUGUCGUGGUGUUCGCCGGGCUCUUCCUGAUAGUCGGUAUCCUAGGCAAUCUGCUCGUCUGCUUCAUCUGCGGCUGUCGUCUGCGUCAGAACGUCACCAACACGUUCGUCUUCAGCCUCGCCGCCGUCGACCUCGUCAGCUGCGUCCUCUGCAUCCCCGUCGACAUCGCCGAACUGCGCAUGCCCUACAGCUUCUCGUUUCCGGCCUUCUGCAAGCUGUUGCGCACCGUCCGGUCGGUGACGACCGUCUCUUCCGGUCUCAUCCUCGUCGCCAUUGCCGUCGAGCGAUAUCGGCGAAUCUGCCGACCCCUGGCCCGUCACACGAGCGUCCUCCAGGCCAGAUGGAUCUCGCUGAGCGCCGUUCUGCUUGGAGUUGUCUUCGCCUGGCCCGCCGCCAUUCUGUUCGGCAACAAGACCGUGGUCGUCGUCGGAUCGCAGACGAACUUCACCGAAUGUUCCGUUCAGGACGCACUGCACGACUCGGUCUAUCCAGUCGUGUUCUACUCGCUGCUGCUGCUGCUGUUUUUUGGAACGUUUACGAUACUCUGCGUUCUCUAUCUCCUCAUAGCCGUGAAGAUAUGGAAGGGCAGAAAGUUCCGCAGCGAUGCCAACAGAGGUAGGUCGGACUCUUUACCGACCGCCACGCUGUUCAGCGCGAAAUCAAAUAGUCCCUCUGAAGUAACGGACGAAAAAUACGUCGUCGAAGCGGAACAAAUCAGCACGUUGCUAAGACGCAAGACGUUUCUGUUUCCGGUAAACCCGGGGGACACUCUCAAGAGAAAGAAGAGGACGUACAGCAGAAAGAGGACGACCUUCAUAAUGUUCCUCAUGACGGUCACCUUCUUAGUGAGUUGUCUCCCUUACGUCGUGGUCGCCAUUUGCCGGUUUGUGUUUGACGAUAUGGAGACGUCGCUGCCGGAUUUCGGCGUCGUCGCUUUUCACUUCAGUUUGAAGUCGUUUAUCCUCAGCAGUGCUAUAAACCCUUUCAUCUACGGAUUCUGUAGUCUCAAGUUUAAACAGGAAUGUCGUGUAUUACUCCGCGAUAUUCAGUGUGUGAAAAAAGACGACGAUGUUAAUAGCUCAACAAGUUGAAAAUAUAGACAAUAUUAAUUGUGUGUUUGUGCAGAGGCGGAGACAAUGUUUAGUAUUGAGAGAGGUACAUUCAGUGUGUGAAAAAACAAAACAGACGAGGGGAUAAAUAUCUAGACAACAUAUGUCUAUGUACAGGGGCGGAGGCACGUUUUGUUUUCUUGAAAGGGGUGCAUGUAGUGUGAAAACAAAACCCCACGAUGUUAAUAGCUCAACCAGUUAAAAAUCUAAAGAACAUCUGUGUAUGUGCAGGGGGUGCAUUUAGUGUGUUAAAAACAAAGACGACGAGCACAUUGAUUUAUCAAUCAUCGGCUAUUGGAUGUCAAACAUUUGGUAAUUUUCACAUUUAGUCUUAGAGACGAAACCCGCUACAGUUUUCCAUUGGUAGCAAGGGAUCUUUUAUAUGUA